AUGAAGGAGUUAGAUUAGACUAAGAGUAGGUGGGACCAGCAUAUUAAAGCUUCUAUAGAAAAAUCCAAGGAUGGAAUCGAAUAUAUUUCAUAAUUAAUUAUGUAAAUAUAAUAAAUCAUAUCUCUAGUGAAGAAGAAGUUUAUUUAAUGAAAGGCAAUCUUUUUGAAAUGUUAACCUACGUCCAAGAUAUAGAUGAAUCUCUCUAUAAAAAGAUUCUUGUAAUACUAAGUAGAGAGAAAGUUUCAGACAUCUUAGAAUUCCUUUCGAAGACAAAAAAUCAGAAGUUUUAUGAAUCUUUAGUUAACUAGUAGAAGAAUAUCAAGGAUAUCAAAAAGUAAGUAAAGAAAAUCAAUAAUGUCUUGAGGAACAUUUAGGAUUACAUAUUUAUUAAGGAUGACUAUUCUUCUGAGAUUUAUGAAAAGGCAAGAUCAGAUUUAAUAAAGAAGAUGAAGGAUAAUAAAGGGAUCAUAGAUUUUAUGAAGUUUUUAGUUCUCCUCACAAGCAUAGAUGUUAAGUUUAUUCAAUGUGGAUCGAAUGGUUUAAAUUUAUUAGUAGGCAUGAAGGUUGAUUUCAGAAAUCAAUCAUUUGAGAAUAUCAGGAUUAAGAAUAUAUCUUUAAUUGAUGGCAACUUUGCUGGAUGCAACUUGAGUGGAUCUGAGUUUGAAAAUGUGGAUAUAAGUGGAGUCAAUUUGAUUGGUGCUUAACUAUUCAAUUGUAAGUGGAAGAACAUAAAAAUAGAUGAAUUGAAUAAAUUGGAUGGUCAUAGUGGGAAUGUGUGCUCAGUCUGUAUUUCUCCUGAUGGAAAUACAUUGGCUUCUGGAAGUAGUGAUAACUCUAUCCGUUUAUGGGAUGUCCAAACAGGAUAAUAAAAAGCCAAAUUGGAUGGUCAUACCCAUUAUGUCUGCUCAGUGUGUUUCUCUCCUAAUGGAAAUAUAUUAGCAUCUGGUAGUGGUGAUUACUCUAUCCGCCUUUGGAAUGUCAGAACAAGAUAAUAAAAAGCCAAAUUGGAUGGUCAUACUAAUGAUGUCAACUCAGUCUGUUUCUCUCCUGAUGGAAAUACAUUAGCUUCUGGUAGUUGGGAUAACUCUAUCCGUAUAUGGGAUGUUCAAAUAGGAUAAUAAAAAGCCAAAUUGGAUGGUCAUACUAGCACUGUCAACUCAGUCUGUUUCUCUCCUGAUGGAAAUAUAUUAGCAUCAGGCAGUGGUGAUUACUCUAUCCGCCUUUGGGAUGUCAAAACAGGAUAAUAAAAAGCCAAAUUAGAUAGUCAUACCCAUUAUGUCUACUCAGUCUGUUUCUCUCCUGAUGGAUAUACAUUAGUAUCCGGUAGUAAUGAUAACUCUAUUCGAUAAUGGGAUGUCAAAACAGGAUAAUAAAAAGCGUAUUUAGAUGGUCAUACUAAUGAUGUAAGAUCAGUUUGUUUCUCUCUUGAUGGAAAUACAUUAGCAUCUGGUGGUGAAGAUAAGUCUAUCCGUCUAUGGGAUGUCAAAACAGGAUAAUAAAAAGCCAAAUUAGAUGGUCAUACUUAAAUUGUCAACUCAGUCUGUUUUUCUCCUGAUGGAAAUACAUUAGCAUCUUGUAGUUGUGAUAAUUCUAUUCGUCUCUGGAAUGUUAAGAAUGGAGAAGAAAUUUCAUCUACUGACAAACCACUUUUUUAAAACAAUCCUUUACCAAGUAUUUAUUAUUUUAUUAUUUAUUUAGUCUCUAAUCAUUCAUAACUUGUUAUAUCCUAAUUAAUAAUUUUGGAAGCAUAAGGAACACUUAUAUUGUAAAGAAAAUUCAUUAAUGAUUAAGGGAAAGAUUUAAAACCUUUAUUCAAAUCCAAAGGAAUUUGUUUUUUAGAAGACUUAGAGAAAAAUUGA